AGAAAUUAAAGAAGCAAACAAAACAGGGCGGAAUGGGGAGAGGGAAAGUAGAAUUGAAGAGAAUAGAGAAUCCAACUAGCAGGCAAGUGACCUUCUCCAAGAGAAGAAAUGGGUUGCUGAAGAAAGCCUAUGAGCUCUCCGUACUUUGUGAUGCAGAAGUUGGCCUUCUCAUUUUCUCUCCCACUGGAAAGUCAUACCACUUUGGCAGCCAUGACAUGGAUGGGACGAUUGCAAGAUACAAGAGAGAAGUAGGGCUUUCUAUAUCCAAUGAACGAGGGUUACGACAAACUCAGGUAGGGAGGAAUGAGAUUGAGGACAUGAAAAGAACGUUGGAAAGUCUAGAAGAAAGAGAUAAGCAUUUUUCUGGAGAGGAUAUAUCAAUGCUUGGCAUGAGAGAAUUGAAACAACUAGAGCGCCAGAUCAGAAUUGGUGUCGAACGCAUCCGUUCUAAGAAGAGGCGAAUGAUUUCAGAGCAUAUCAACUGGCUCAAGAGGAAACAUAAGCUACUCAAGGAGGAAAACAUCCAUCUUCAGAAGCAGGUCAAGAUGCAUGAGCCUCAGGAAUCAGGAUCCACUGGAAACUCAAACCCUAUAUUGCUUGAUCCAGAGGCAGAUGAAAUGGUUGGUUAAAAUGUCAUCGGUGGUUGAAUGGAGAGGACUACAUGGAAAUCCCUGCUGUAUAAAUGUUGAAACAUAGAUGAGUUUGUGUAAUUUGAUGUAAGAACUUAGUACUCCAUGAGAACUUUGAAUUGCUUAGAGUUGAUUCCUUCGUAGCUA